AUGGCCCUGCAGCUGCUGCUCUGGCUCAGUGUUCUCUGGACAGUGCAUGAGGCCGCCCCUCUGGCCCCUGGCAGCUCCCUGCCCCAGAGUUUCCUACUCAAGUGCUCAGAACAAGUGCGCAAGAUCCAGGUGGACAGCGUGAUGCUGCAGGAGGUGAUGUGCACCACUUACAAGCUGUGCCACCCCGAGGACCUGGUGCUGCUGGGGCACUAUUUGGGCAUCCUGCAGGCUCCCCUGGGCAGCUGCUCCAGCCAGGCACUGCAGCUGACCAGUUGCCUGAGCCAACUCCACAGCGGCCUCGUCCUCUACCAGGGCCUCCUACAGGCCCUGGGCGGGAUUUCUCCACAAGCAGCCCCCACGGUGAGCAAGCUACAGCUGGAUGUUGCCGACUUUGCCACCACCAUCUGGCAUCAGAUGGAGGUCCUGGGGUUGGCUCCUGCCAAGCAGCCCACCCAGGGCACCAUGCCCACCUUCACCUCUGCCUUCCAGCGCCGGGUAGGGGGCGUCCUAGUUGCCUCCCACCUGCAGAACUUCCUGGAGCUGGCCUACCGUGUGCUGCGCUACCUGGCCCAAGCCUGA